GAGUGCCUGGCAACGAAAGUGGUGACACAUCUCGAUCUGAAGCUGCCUGUUUACAGGAUUGGGCGGAAGAGAAUAGAAUGCCCUUAAACUUGGAAAAAACGUCCGAAAUGGUUGUUCGCAGACACACCUCUGUAGUUUUGCCCGAGCUUAUCCCUUCAAUUAAGCGAAAAACAUGGCUAAAGCUUUUAGGAGUUACUCUACAAGAUAAUCCGUGCAAAUGGGAUUUGCACUUCGAAGAAAUGCUCAAAAAAGCAAGUGGACAAAUGUACAUUAUGAGAGUUUGCAAAUACUAUGGACUAUCAAUUAAACAAUUAGAUCUGCUGUUUGAUAGCCUAAUUAUGUCGAUAUUCACUUUUGCUAUUGAGCUGUGGGGUUGUGCAUAUGACGGUAAAUAUUUGAACCAAAUAGAUAAAUUCAUUAAACGUGCACAUAAGAAUGGUUAUAUAUCAAAACGAACACACAUUAAAGAAAUACGUGAUAAGAGAGAUAAGAAACUGUGGAAAAAAAUAACAUCAACUGAGGACAAUGCAUUGCUUGAACUGCUGCCGGAAAAAAGAAGUAGGUUACUUAGGCCUAGAUGGCAUGAGUAUGAACUCCCCCUAGUGAGAACAGAAAAAUUCAAAAGGUCGUUCAUAAAUCGUUGUCUGUAUAACUUUGUUUAGACUUUAAUGUAUUAAAAACUUUUUAAAACUUUUUACGCUUCUUAACUUACAUUGUAAAUAUAACUAGAUCAAUUACCUUUCGAUUGUAAACUCAGACGGAUGUAUCUGAGUAUUUUAAUAAAGACUAUUAUUAUUAUUAUUAUUAUUAUUAUUAUUAUUAUUAUUAUUAUUAUUAUUAUAUUGACUCAAAGCCACUACACCCCAAAAAUAAACUGCUCCUCUACAGUCGCUACGUCUUGUCCAAGUUAGCCUGGCGCUUCACUGUCGCAACACUCUCUAAAACAUGGGUUACUGAAAAUAUCGACUCUAUUGCCAACAAAUAUAUCCGCAGAUGGCUUGAAGUACCAAUAUCAGGAACACUAAGUACUGUCUUUCUAACAAAUAACAAAUUUGGCCUGAGUAUUUAUCCUCCAUCUGUAAAAUUUAUCCAGUGUCAAACAGUCCUCCGAAAAGCUUUAAAAUCUUCUCCUAAUGAAUCAACUAACGACCUGUGGAGAGCAACCAGUUACCAUACUAAUAUCCAAUAUGACGCUUAUAACUCUACUAAGGAAGUUCUCAAAGAUUUCCGUUCUGGACACGAAAACAAACUCCUAAACCAAUUAACCAGUCAAGGAUCCUUUUUCUGCAGCGUCACGAA